GACGGAGGAGGAGGAGGAGGAGGAGGGUGUUUGAGGAGCGGAGCAAUUCACUCCACUUCUCUGCGCAAGAACGCACGGAGCCAGUGUGGGGAGCCACGGGAACCUGCGCAGGAUUACCACUCGAUUUCCACGUCUUUUACCUUGUCGUGUCCAUCAUCUGAGAAGGGCGUUUUCUGUCUUUUCCUCUUUGUGAAGACUCAGCUGCGUUGACGGAUAUGUUGCCCGAAGUUCCAAAGGGAAUUUCCCUCCUUCUCUCCUUCAUGUUGCUGGAGCCCGUGGUUUCAAUGCAAAAUCAGAUGUGCGACAUGAUGAGGGAAAUAGACCGAGAGCAAGACGCGUGUGAGGCUCAUAUUGAAAACACAACAACAGGUUGCAGAGGGAUCUGGGACAAGAUCACCUGCUGGCCCAAUGCAAACAUCGGAGAGGUGGUCACCAUCCCCUGCCCCAAGUACCUCUUCUACUUCUCUGGAGAUGUCCUCCCACGUAACCUGUCAAAGACCUGCACUGAGGACGGCUGGACCCCCAUCAGCAUGGACUCCUACAUAAUGGACUGUGGAUACAAUCCCAACAGCACCACGGACGAUGAUACGGGAGAAUUCUUCUAUGCUAUCAAAGUGGGCUACACCAUCGGUCACACCGUGUCGCUUAUUUCUCUCACCAUCGCCAUCAUCAUACUCUGUCUCUUUCGGAAGCUGCACUGCACCAGAAACUACAUCCACAUGCAUCUCUUUGUGUCCUUCAUCCUGAAAGCUGUGGCUGUUUUCAUCAAGGACGUGGUUCUGUAUGACGUCGGCGAGACGGAGAACUGUCAGUCAUCCGUUGGCUGUAAGGCAGUGGUGGUCUUCUUCCAGUACGGCAUCAUGGCGAGUUACUUCUGGCUGCUGGUGGAGGGCCUGUAUCUCCACGCUCUGUUGGCGGUCUCCUUCUUCUCCGAGAGGAAGUACUUCUGGUGGUACAUCCUGAUCGGGUGGGGAGCUCCAACUAUCUUUAUCUCGGCCUGGGUGAUCACAAAGGCUUAUCUGAAUGAUCCAGGAUGCUGGGAGAACAUUGAUGACAUUCCAUGGUGGAUCAUCAAAACCCCUAUUUUAGUCACUAUACUUGUGAACUUUUUCCUUUUCAUUUUCAUCAUCCGGGUUUUGAGACAGAAGAUGAAUUGUCCCGACAUCGGAAGGAAGGAAUCCAAUCAGUACUCGAGACUGGCUAAGUCCACACUGUUGCUGAUUCCUCUCUUUGGCAUCAACUACAUCAUUUUCGCCUUCAUUCCUGAUCACAUCCACCCUCAAGUCAGGAUGGUUUUUGAUCUUAUCCUGGGGUCAUUUCAGGGUUUCGUCGUUGCAGUGCUGUACUGCUUUUUGAACGGAGAGGUACAGUCAGAGAUUAAGCGUAAGUGGCGCAGAUGGAUGCUGCAGAGGUUCCUGGGCACUGACACCAAGUACCAGCAGCCCUCCAUAGGCAGCAAUGGCAACAACUUCAGCACCCAGAUCACCAUGUUGACCAAAUGUAGCCCUGCCACACGCCGCACAUCUGCCUGUCAGGAGCAUCUCUCUGCCAUCUGAAGCUCUGCUUUACAACCACCUCUGUUUUUUUCCCCCAUUAUCUAUUGAACGAGUGGUUCACAGGCAAUGUUGAUAUCGGUUACUAAAGGUUAAUGUAACAUUUUAGUACUGAGGCUAAUGUUUGCUCAUUGUUAUUUAAACCAUUGCCUGUGAAAAAAAAGAAGAAGAAGCAAACACAUAAAUCUUAACUGCCAUGGAAACACUUCACGCGUUCUAUGUAAGUAUUAAGAAAUCUUUAAAGCUCCAGUGUGUGUAACAUCUGUUGCCAAAACACUGCUCGUGUCUCUGCCAACCAGGACUUACCCCACACCUCAGGUGAACCUGCAGAGCUUCCUGAAAGGACGGCUCUCGGAGGCCGUCCACACAGAAGCGGUGACGGUGAAUACACAUGCUUAUUAGGGUCCGAGCGCACAACGUGCGGAGGACUGUAUUGAGACUGAAGGAGUUAUCUUUUUUAUUGUUUUGGCAUUUCGUCCACAAGGAAACGGCGCUUUGAGAGACCCGAGACGGUGCUUUUUGAAAAUACGCCGACCUACGCUACUUUAGGGAAGUGAUGAUGUCAUAGUCCCACCUUUUCUCUUGUGCUGGCAUUCACUGUCUGGUGUUUGGAGAUUGUUUGUCAGUGUUACCAACUAUUGACAUUGAAAAGUAACUCAAGUCAGCCCGAAAAGACGCUCGAUAUCACUACAAUUUAUUUCCCUUUUUUUUCCUUUCUUUCGGUCUCUGUUGAUUGAAAAAAGAUCGUUUAUGUCUCGUGCAGAUUCCGUGUUCAUAUGGUCAUGGUCUGUUUCAGUAUCUCACUCCAGUUUCAGAGAACCAGGGACAAUACCAUAACCUAAGGUUCACUGCUGUUAGUUGUGAUCUAAAAUGCAUCAGUCACCGCAGAAAAAACCCAAAACACAGCUAUUCCGAGGAACACAGAGCAUCGUGUGAAGCUGAUUGGCUCAAUGAACUCAUGUGACAAUGGUUUAAUAUUCAAAAGUUACACACUACAGCUUUACGUGAAAAAAUAACAGCAAAAACAGGAACACUGCCAUUUCAUCAGAUGGGUACCUCCACUGUGACUAACUUUCUAGCAGGUAAUACGAUCUAUCUCCAUAAAGGUCAGUGUCACUAGAGUGUAAUGCAUUGACAAGGUGUUGAAACGCAGUUGUCACAGUAACUGUAGCAAAGUCACUGAGUACAGGCGGGGGGAUGAAAAAAAAGAUCACGAUUCUAACAUGAGUUAAAAGGAGGUGGGACUCUCAGCCAGGAUUUUCCAUCUGAUGUUACGCAAUAUAGGGAUAGAGCCAGAGACGAGCUGCGUCCUCUGUAAGAAACGAGAUGUUUAUGAUAAAGGUUUGUUACACAAGAGGACUUCAAGCACUUAAGCUAAUGGUCACCGUGCUUACUGAGCAGUGGUAACAAUAUUAAUGACUGUGUCAGACUGAGAGGGGGAUCUACAACGUAACCAGUCGAUGUUCACGUAUUAAACCUGUGUGUGGCAGUUUUAUACGAGGGAAUACACUCAGCUGCAGCAGCAGCAGCUGCAGCCCAAUAACAUUCCGCAGCUUGACUUAAGCUUGUGAAAUGUAUCUCAUUUUCAAAGGUUUUUAGUUUUGAGUGCACAGACUUUGUUUAUACUGUUUCAGUUUCUCACGGAGCAGAUGCAUUCCAUUAUUAGUCCACUACACACAACACUGUCGAUUCAUUCAUGUGUAGCAAUUGUGAUUCAUUUAUUCCAGACUAUUCUGUUGCAUUCUAUUUCAUUUUCAUCAUACUGUGUGUUGUAUUGUGUCGUUAUUAGCCUUUUCCCGUGUGGGGUUAUUUUGCGGAUGGCAUUGUCGGCUGGUACAUCAUGGCAGAAAUAUCUCAUCUGCUGUUGUAAAGGUUGACAUGAUAUUUUGUACAGUCAUCCCAUGAUUCAUAGUAAAUGAAUCCUAAUGACUUCACCUCUAGUGUUUCAUGCAGUUCUUCAACAUCUGCGGGGUGGAUUGCAGGCAUUAGUAUUUUAAAUCCUUGGAUUCAUUGUAAAGUUUAAUUUUGCUCAGUGAUUUUUCUUUUUUUUUGACAGAACACUCUCAAAAACUAGUGUCUCAUCAACUUCAACACAGACAGUUUGUGUUUAAUGUUGAUUAGAAAACACUUUUAUGCUAAAACACCUAAACUGAGGUGUCAGACAGGUUGAACAUCCCCUAAAACGCACGUUUUGAGUUGCAUAUCUUGUACUGGUGUGUGUAAAGCUGAAACUGAACUGAAACUAUAGUACCUCAGACUAAAUGUCACACACAGCUAUGAUUGUACAUUUGACGUGAAACUGUGCUCAGGUGUCAACUGGAAAUCCAUGUUUACAUUUAAAAUUAUGUUUCUCCCUCAUAGAUAGUUGCAUACUGACCCACGUGUCUCCUGUUCAUUGUAAAUAUUGUGUCGUGUACAGUACGUGCAAUCAGCUGUUAAUAUGUCGUUGAACAAAAUGUCAGAUGAUGAUGAAUAAAACUAUUUGCACUGUGA